AGCUUGGCCAUGUAAAGGGGGCAACGUGAGUUCAAGAGGGUUCACCCAGUAGCGAGAAUCAUGGCAUCUCCAAAUUCCAUUUGCCAGACAUGGGAUUAUGGUUCAGCGCCAUGGUCAUGCCUCUGAUGAUGUGCUCAAAGAGCAAAGUGAGCAACAAGGUCUCGACUUGGCUAUAUGAUCAAACAUUAACUAUGAGCCAAUGCCAGCAAGAAGACAAAGUUAAUGAGUCGAAAGAUACGGAGGUUUCGGAUCAAGAGAAAUCCCCUUUUUCUUGCGUGAUUGUUGAUUAAGUGUUGGUUUAUCAGGGUUGAGUGGUUGAUAAGCUGCCAGGGUGAAGAUGAGUCGACUCGGAUCUCGGGAUGGCGAAAGAUUCGUGAUGACAAAGAUAGUGACAUGGGACUGAGAAGAGGUCAAUUGACAUGGCAAAAGCACAUCAUCUCAGGCGACAUAUUCCAGAACAAUAAACGAUCUUGUUAGUAGUGGAACUUGUCGAGACGCAUAAUAUCUGCAUUGAUGACUCUGAGGUAUGAGUCUAUCGUACAUACAUCGUGGCUGUCUGUGGCGUAUAUGCACGAAGGACAACUGCCUAUUGAAAGAACGUAAGGUUAAAAGAAUGAUCAGCUGCAGGCUUCGAGUGAAAAGAGGGGCAGCAGAAAAGUAAAAGAAAGCCCAGUCUGCCAGUCUAGGAGAAAAGAAGACGUAAAAAAGAGGAGACUUGGGAAGAGAAUUCUGACGAUGGAGUCUUGUUAUGUAACAGAGAAGAGGAUACGGCGGCACUCGAGGAUCCAUUUUGUUUUUCAUCUGCCGACAACACCGAAAAUUCAAUGUAAGUCACCGUGGAGUGGAUUAUCGUAUUCAAGCAAGAGACCACCAGUGGCCAGUCCAGUCUAGCCAGUGCCGUUCUUAUUGCAGAAGGAGUUUUCUCUGAGGGUCUCAAAGGGUCCAAGUCUAAAUCAGUCAUGCCCCGUCCACGCCCCGUUCUGGUGCAUGACUUGGUAGAAGCCAAGUUGCGAUAGCGUCAGAUACCUUGAUGAUGCUGUGAGACGUCGUGCCUUGUCCCUG